CGCCUGCGUGGGCCACGGUCUGUUGGUUGCUGCCCUCUCCUCCUGGCUGGUUGAGGGUUUACCCGGCCGAGCUGCGCAAUGCGGAGGCUGCAGGUGGUGCUGGGUCACCUGAAGGGCCGGCCCGCUUCGGACCCGGAGCCGCAGGCCGCCCCGUGUUGGAGCGGCGCGCGGCGGGCGUCCGCAGAGGAUGUCGUGGUGGUGCACGGGCGGCGCACAGCCAUUGGCCGGUCGGGCCGCGGCGGCUUUAAGGACACCACCCCCGACGAGCUUCUCUCCGCCGUCAUGACCGCGGUUCUCCAGGACGUCAAGCUGAGCCCGGCCCAGCUGGGAGAUAUCUGCGUGGGAAAUGUGCUUCAGCCCGGGGCCGGAGCGAUGAUGGCCCGAAUCGCCCAGUUUCUGAGUGGCAUCCCGGAGACUGUGCCUUUGUCAGCUGUCAAUAGGCAGUGCUCGUCGGGGCUCCAGGCGGUAGCCAACAUAGCUGGUGGCAUCAGAAAUGGGUCUUAUGACAUUGGCAUGGCUUGUGGGGUGGAGUCCAUGUCCCUGGCUGACAGAGGGAAUCCUGGAAAUGUUACUUCACGCCUGGUGAAGAAUGAGAAGGCCAGAGACUGCCUGAUUCCUAUGGGGAUAACCUCAGAGAAUGUGGCUGAGCGGUUUGGCAUUUCGCGGGAGAAGCAGGACACCUUUGCACUGGCUUCCCAGCAAAAGGCAGCCAGAGCCCAGAGCCAGGGCUGUUUCCAGGCUGAGAUCGUGCCUGUCACCACCACGGUCCGUGACGACAAGGGCACAGAGGAAAGCGUCACCGUGGCCCAGGACGAGGGCAUCCGCCCCAGCACCACCAUGGAGGGCCUGGCCAAGCUGAAGCCCGCCUUUAAGGAGGGGGGCUCUACCACGGCUGGAAACUCUAGCCAGGUGAGUGAUGGAGCUGCUGCCAUCCUGCUGGCCAGGAGGUCCAAGGCAGAAGAGCUGGGCCUUCCCAUCCUUGGGGUCCUGAGGUCCUAUGCAGUGGUUGGGGUUCCGCCUGACAUCAUGGGCGUUGGCCCUGCCUACGCCAUCCCUGUGGCUUUGCAGAAAGCAGGGCUGACAGUGGACGAUGUGGACAUCUUUGAGAUCAACGAGGCCUUCGCCAGUCAGGCUGUGUACUGUGUGGAGAAGCUGAAACUCCCCCUUGAGAAGGUGAACCCUCUCGGGGGUGCAGUGGCCUUGGGCCACCCGCUGGGCUGCACGGGGGCUCGACAGGUCAUCACGCUGCUCAACGAGCUGAAGCGCCGCGGGAAGAGGGCCUACGGGGUGGUGUCCAUGUGCAUGGGGACUGGCAUGGGAGCUGCCGCUGUCUUUGAAUACCCCGGAAACUGACGGCGGCCCAGGGCGGAGGCGCCGCAGCGCUGCAGCAUGGGAGGGAUGGCAAGUCAAGACACCUGAGCUGAUGUGAGCACACACAACGUGAACAGAUGCCCCAGCACAGGAGCAGAUGCAGAGUCAGGCCCCUCCGGCUAAGACACACCCAGCCCACAAGGCCACCACGUGAUCCCUGGGGGCAGGCCCUGUGGAUGGGGAGUGCCGCAACAGUAAAUGGGCGGUCUUAACCUCGGUGCCUGUGGUUCUUCUGCAGGGCCAGUUCUCACUAGGCUGGUCCUGCCUCUGCUCCAUCUGAACACUAAGUGCCCUGGUCUCCGCCCAGCGGACCCACCCUCGGCUGAGCCCUGAGGACACAAGGCGCAGGCCUGGAGGGGUCCCUCCGUCCCAGGAGCUGUUCAGAGGUCCCCCAGCAGAGGCCCGUGCCCAGUAAACCGCUCCAGAGCUCUGGGCCAUGUUUAUUUCCA